GCUUUCCACCUCAACUGCUCUUGUUUGGUCCUCUGCUGCUUUCCUUUCCCUUGUCUUUCACUCGUCGGUUCCCUUCUCCCAAACGUUUCCCCAAUUUCCCCAAUCCCCACUAAAAUCCCAUCCCAUCCCAUCCCGUCCCGUCCCGUCCCACCCUUUCCUCCUUUGAAACCUAGGGGGAAGGAAACAAGCGAAGGAGAAGAGUAGGAGGGGAGGCGGCAAGACUCAUGGCGGCGGUUGCGGUCCAUCAGUUCGCGCAGUGCAUUACCUGCCACGCCUGGAGCCCGGAUCGGACGAUGGUUGCAUUUUGUCCAAACAAUAAUGAACUACACAUCUAUAAAUUCAUUAAAGACAGGUGGGAGAAACUGCAUGUUCUUUACAAGCAUGACCAAAUCAUAUCUGGAAUAGAUUGGAGCAUGAGAUCCAAUAAAAUUGUAACAGUUUCACAUGAUCGGAAUUCAUAUGUUUGGAACCAAGAAGCUUCUGAAUGGGUACCUACCCUUGUCAUUCUCAGGCUAAACCGAGCUGCUCUUUGUGUUCAGUGGAGUCCUAAAGAAAACAAGUUUGCUGUUGGAAGUGGGGCCAAAACUGUUUGUGUAUGUUACUAUGAGCAAGAGAAUAACUGGUGGGUUAGUAAGCUUAUCAGGAAAAAGCAUAAUUCUUCUGUUACAGGUGUUGCAUGGCACCCUAACAACAUUCUUCUUGCAACAACAUCUACUGAUGGUAAGUGUCGAGUUUUUUCAACUUUCAUCAAGGGUGUCGAUCCAAGGGAUUCAGGAGCAAGCUCUUCUAAUGAAUUAAAAUUUGGAGAGCAAAUUGCACAACUUGAUCUCUCUUUUACUUGGGCAUUUGGUGUGAAAUGGUCUCCAAAUGGCAAUACCUUGGCUUAUGCAGGUCACAACUCUAUGAUUUAUUUCAUCGAGGAUGUUGAAUCUUCUCCUUCUGCACAAACUGUCGCCUUCCGUGAUCUGCCUCUCCGUGAUGUCCUUUUUGUUUCUGAGAGAAUGCUAAUUGGUGUGGGAUUUGAUUGCAACCCCUUGGUUUUUGCUGCUGAUGAAACAGGACUAUGGAGCUUUGUGAAAUUCUUAGAUGAGAAGAAAACAGCACAAUCAAGCUCGAAGUAUGGUUCACAGUUCUCUGAAGCCUUUGGGAAGCUUUAUGGCCAAUCAAAACAUGGAGCGAGCAAUGAUGCAGUUGAACCAUCAAGACCUCGGGGUGGAGUUCAUGAGAACUGCAUAACUUGCAUCGUGCCUCUAAGAAAGGGUGGUGAGACUGUUGUGAAGCGUUUCAGCACCUCAGGGUUGGAUGGUAAAUUGGCGAUCUGGGAGUUGGAUGACUACAUUGAUCUUCCACAAUAAGUCCAAGUUGGCUAUCAUUUAAGACUCACCGCAUUGGAAGUUUUGCUUCAGCUCUGUAGCAUCCUUGGUCGUGAUGCAAGCAUGUCUUAAAGGUGAACCUAACUCUGAAGGAUCCCAUCCGCAUUCAAACCCCCACCCACCCUACCUCUUUUGUAUUGUAUACCGAUAUUGCAAUUUUUUUUAGUCUGCAACUUCUUAUCAUUGUCAGCUCAUUUAGAACUUAUUUUCAAUUGAGUGGAUUCUGCCGAUGUUUUUGUAAUCCUUUGGGGUUUCUGACAACUGUGAACUUUCUAGAAAAUGCACAAAGUCAACCUGCGUGCAGGUCGUCAUCGAAAA